GCCACCAAAACACUUCCUCUUUUUCAAUAACAAAAACAAGGCCUCAACAGCAUCUUCACUAGUUACUACCUCUAACACCAACAUGUCUGCCAAGUACUUCAACGACGAUCACACUGAGCACAUCCUCGAGGCAAACUUCGGCACCCGUGCCGUGCACGCCGGCCAACACCCUGAUCCUGUCACUGGUGCUGUCAUCCCUCCUCUGUCGCUCUCGACUACCUUCAAGCAGCACGGAGCCGGUGAACACAAUGGAUUUGACUACUCCCGCUCUGGAAACCCUAACCGUAAGGCCUUCGAGACUGCGGUUGCUGCCCUUGAGGGUGGUAAGCACGGAUUGGCCUUCUCCUCUGGAUCGGCUACUACUGCCACCAUCGUCUCUUCGUUGCCUGCUGGAUCGCACAUCGUCUCUGUGAACGAUGUCUACGGAGGUACCUACCGCUACUUUACCAAGGUUGCCUCGGUUUUGGGAGUCGAGGUCACCUUUGUCGACCUCAAGGAUGCUGCCAACAUCUCCACUGUCAUUCGCCCCAACACCAAGCUCGUCUGGAUUGAGACCCCCACCAACCCUACCCUGCGCUUGGUCGACAUCAAGGCCGUUGCCGAGAUUGCCCACAAGCACAACGCCAAGCUGGUUGUUGAUAACACCUUUAUGAGCCCCUUCUUCCAGAACCCACUUCAGCUGGGUGCCGACAUCGUCGUUCACUCCGUUACUAAGUACAUCAACGGACACUCUGAUGUUGUCAUGGGUGUUGCUGUUACUUCGGAUGAGGAGAUCUUUACCAAGUUGGCCUUCUUGCAGAACUCUAUCGGCGCUGUCCCGUCUGCUUUCGACUGCUUUCUCGCCAACCGUGGUCUGAAGACCCUUCAUCUCCGCAUGCGCCAGCACGCUGCCUCAGCCCAGGCCAUUGCUGAGGCGUUGGAGGCCUCUCCUCGCGUCGAGAAUGUCAUUUACCCCGGCUUGCCCUCGCACCCUCAGCACGAGUUGGCCAAGCGUCAGCAAAAGGGAUUCGGAGGCAUGAUUUCGUUCAGAAUUAAGGGCGAUUUGGCCACUGCUAAUGCCUUCUUGCGCCACGUCAAGCUCUUCACCUUGGCCGAAAGUUUGGGAGGUGUUGAGUCCCUCUGCGAAUUGCCCGCCACCAUGACCCACGGAUCCGUCUCGGCUGAGGACCGUGCAGCCUUGGGCAUCACUGAGAACUUGAUCCGCUUGUCGGUCGGUAUUGAGGAUACUGAGGAUCUGGUCAAGGAUGUCUUGGCUGCCCUUGAGGCCUCGGUUAAGCUGUAAAGUAUCAUCACACACAAAGCAUCGCUUUACAUAUUCUACAACGCAACCUAGAUAUUUUAGACCAUUGUUUCUACGGCUUGAUCGUUCAAUAAUUGCCCGUAUCAUUGUAUAGUUCUUCAUUCAUUAAGCAUCAAAUAAAAAUAUGCGCACUAUAGCAGCGUGCAACAACGCA